UGACGUCACCGCGCUCGAGUGGGAGUCGAGUCUUCUCCGGAAUCGUUUGCUUUCAUUUCUGCACGAGCUCGUCUCGCGCCGUUUCCUACUCUUCCCUUCGAACCAAAACAAACGUCGCCCGAGGCGCUUCGGUCGCUCGUUUCCCCGCACCGCUGAGGGAUUAUUCGGUGUUUUCUGCGAAAAGGCGGCCAGCAAAGCCAGAAAAAAGAUGAGUGUGGAGGCGUACGGGCCGAGCUCGCAGACGCUCACCUUCCUGGACACGGAGGAAGCGGAGCUGCUCGGGGCCGACACGCAGGGCUCCGAGUUCGAGUUCACCGACUUCACGCUGCCCAGCCAGACCCAAACGCAGGGCCAGACCCAGAGCCAACUCGACAACCAGGUGAAUGGGCCUGAUGGUGUUCUGCCCAAUGGAGAAGAUGCAGUGGUGAAGACCAGCCAGCUUCUGGCCGAGCUGAACUUUGAGGAGGAUGAGGAAGAUACUUACUACACUAAAGAUCUGCCGGUGCACGCCUGCAGCUACUGUGGCAUCCAUGAUCCAGCAUGUGUGGUCUAUUGCAACACCAGCAAAAAAUGGUUCUGCAACGGCCGCGGUAACACCUCUGGCAGUCAUAUUGUGAACCACUUGGUGAGGGCCAAAUGUAAGGAGGUGACGCUGCAUAAGGACGGACCGCUGGGAGAGACAGUUCUGGAGUGCUAUAACUGCGGCUGCCGUAAUGUCUUCCUGCUCGGCUUCAUCCCGGCUAAAGCCGACUCUGUUGUGGUGCUUCUGUGCAGGCAGCCGUGUGCCAGUCAGAGCAGUCUGAAGGACAUUAAUUGGGACAGCUCUCAGUGGCAGCCCCUCAUCCAGGACCGCUGCUUCCUGUCCUGGCUAGUGAAGAUCCCGUCUGAACAGGAGCAGCUGAGGGCCCGUCAGAUCACAGCACAGCAGAUCAAUAAACUCGAGGAGCUCUGGAAGGAAAACCCAACAGCGACCCUGGAAGAUUUGGAGAAACCUGGAGUGGAUGAGGAACCUCAGCACGUUCUGCUGCGAUACGAAGAUGCCUAUCAGUACCAGAACAUCUUUGGGCCGCUGGUCAAACUAGAGGCUGACUAUGACAAGAAACUCAAAGAGUCCCAAACUCAAGACAAUAUAACAGUGAGGUGGGAUUUGGGACUGAAUAAAAAGCGGAUAGCUUAUUUCACUCUGCCCAAGACGGAUUCAGGUGACAUGCGACUGAUGCAAGGAGAUGAGAUCUGUCUGCGGUAUAAGGGAGACAUGGCUCCACUGUGGAAAGGGAUUGGACACGUCAUCAAAGUCCCGGACAAUUAUGGAGAUGAAAUCGCCAUCGAGCUACGCAGCAGUGCUGGUGCACCUGUGGAGGUGCCGCAUAACUUCCAGGUGGACUUUGUCUGGAAGUCGACAUCUUUUGACCGCAUGCAGAGCGCCCUGAAGACGUUUGCUGUGGACGAGACCUCUGUGUCCGGCUACAUCUAUCACAAGCUGCUGGGUCACGAGGUGGAGGACGUUAUCAUCAAAUGCCAGCUGCCCAAACGCUUCACUGCGCAGGGCCUGCCAGACCUCAACCACUCGCAGGUUUAUGCUGUGAAGACGGUGCUGCAGCGACCCCUCAGUCUGAUCCAGGGGCCUCCAGGAACCGGCAAGACUGUCACCUCUGCCACCAUCGUCUACCAUCUGGCCAGACAGGGCAAUGGUCCGGUGCUGGUUUGUGCUCCGAGUAACAUCGCAGUGGAUCAGCUGACAGAGAAGAUCCAUCAGACGGGGCUGAAGGUGGUUCGUCUGUGUGCUAAGAGUCGUGAGGCCAUCGAUUCCCCCGUGUCUUUCCUGGCUCUGCACAAUCAGAUCCGCAACAUGGACAGCAUGCCAGAGUUGCAGAAACUGCAGCAGCUGAAGGACGAAACUGGCGAGCUGUCGUCUUCUGACGAGAAACGUUACCGAGCUCUCAAACGAACCGCUGAGAGAGAGCUGCUCAUGAAUGCAGAUGUGAUCUGCUGCACAUGUGUGGGUGCAGGUGACCCUCGCCUGGCUAAGAUGCAGUUCCGCUCCAUCCUCAUCGAUGAGAGCACACAGGCCACGGAGCCCGAGUGCAUGGUGCCAGUGGUGCUCGGGGCCAAACAGCUGAUUCUAGUGGGUGACCACUGUCAGCUGGGUCCUGUGGUCAUGUGCAAGAAGGCGGCUAAAGCAGGUCUGUCUCAGUCUCUGUUUGAGAGGCUGGUGGUCCUGGGCAUCAGACCCAUCCGUCUGCAGGUGCAGUACCGCAUGCACCCGGCCCUCAGUGCGUUCCCGUCAAACAUCUUCUACGAGGGCUCUCUGCAAAACGGGGUCACCGCCGCCGACCGCAUCAAGAAAGGCUUUGACUUCCAGUGGCCUCAGCCCGAUAAGCCCAUGUUUUUCUAUGUAACUCAAGGCCAGGAGGAGAUCGCAAGCUCUGGCACCUCCUAUCUCAACAGGACUGAGGCUGCUAAUGUGGAGAAGAUCACCACCCGUCUGCUGAAGGCCGGAGCCAAACCCGACCAGAUCGGCAUCAUUACACCAUACGAGGGCCAGCGCUCUUACCUGGUGCAGUACAUGCAGUUCAGCGGCUCACUGCACACCAAACUAUACCAGGAGGUGGAGAUCGCCAGCGUGGAUGCGUUCCAGGGCAGAGAGAAGGACUUCAUCAUCCUGUCUUGUGUCAGGGCUAACGAGCACCAGGGCAUCGGCUUCCUGAAUGACCCACGACGUCUCAAUGUGGCGCUAACCAGAGCCAGAUAUGGCGUGAUCAUUGUGGGCAAUCCUAAGGCUCUGUCCAAGCAGCCGCUGUGGAACCACCUGCUGAACUACUACAAGGAGCAGAAGGUUCUGGUGGAAGGACCGCUGAACAACCUGAGAGAGAGCCUCAUGCAGUUCAGCAAACCACGCAAGCUGGUCAACACCAUCAACCCUGGAGCCCGUUUCAUGAGUACCGCCAUGUAUGACGCGAGAGAGGCCAUGAUUCCUGGAUCUGUGUAUGAUCGCAGCGGCACUGGGCGUCCGUCUAAUAUGUACUUCCAGACCCAUGACCAGGUCGGCAUGAUCGGGUCUGGGGCGAACCCAAUGGGCUCCAUGAACAUCCCCAUCCCGUUCAAUCUGGUCAUGCCUCCCAUGCCUCCGCCUGGGUACCUGGGCCAGGUGAACGGACCUGCUGCUGGUCGUGGUGCUCCUAAAGGUAAGACCGGGGGUCGUGGAGGUCGUCAGAGGAACCGUGGCACUGGUAAUCACGGCAGCGGGCAGGCCAACAUGCCAGGCAGCCAGGCCAGUCAGGACCUGGUGUCCCAGCCCUUCUCUCAGGGUCCACUGACCCAGGGCUACAUCACCAUGAGCCAGCCGUCACAGAUGAGCCAGCCUGGACUGUCCCAGCCUGAGCUCUCACAGGACAGCUACCUGGGUGAUGAGUUCAAAUCCCAGAUGGACGUGGCGCUUUCCCAGGAUUCCACCUACCAGGGCGAACGGGCAUAUCAACACGGAGUGACUGGACUCUCACAGUACUAGAGUGUUGUUGGAACAGGAGCUAGGCCUGUGCUGAGCUUAGUGCAUCAGCAUUUUAAAUAUGGGUAAAUAUAAAAAAAGAACAAACAUGGAUGCCCGUUUACCACUGUUACAACUGAAGCACCAUGGUGUGAGAGCAACAGGAGAGAAUCAAACCAAUCACAGGAGGGAGUGAAGCUGGACAGGACGAAAGAGAACGUGUGAGUGGCGGACUACAUCCACCAUUCGUUGAGAACGGGGAGGAGAGGGGAGACGCAGUGUUAGGAGGAGACCAAACACGAGAUCUUCGAUCUGCAACUCCGCAAUGUGGAGGAGGCUCCUGGAGCGCAGGGGCCCUUCCCGGCCUCCUCUCUCUCUCGCCUGGCUGCCGAUGUCAGCCUCAGGCCUUGCCCUGCCAACAGAGACGGAGCCAAGAUGAAGUUCUCUUAAAACUACCUGCAAAAACCACGCUUGCUCUGUCGUCUCCAUGAGCUGAGAGAGGGGGUGACGUAUUUCAAGUAAUUAUAAACGCUUUUCGAGCAGCUGAUUUUCAGGAAAGUAGAGUUCCCCUCAAAGUUGACAUCUGACAUUCAGGUUCUACCACAGCACAUCUUUGAGAGAACGGACGCCUGCGGCAAGAGUUUUCGCGUUUUGUUUCGGAGCGCCUCUUGUCUCCAACCCGAGGUGCUAGGACACUCUGAAGGACGAUUCAACUUUGAGGAAAGUUUUCCGCCUUAAGUCCGGGAGGGUAGAGGUGCCGUAACAAAUGGAGGGCCCGUCGCAUCUCGUCUGCUCUCCGCUAGGUGAUUAGGGGUAGAAAUGGCUUUGGGAUGUUUCUUUUUCCUUUUAAAUGUUUUGUCCCUUGCCGAAGGGACUGACGGAUCUAUCCUUUCUUACUUUCCUCUUUGUUUUAAAAUGGUUUUUGUUCGACUAGAAUAAAAGCAGUCAAGUAGAAC